CCGCCAUGGCGCCGGGCACGGACCCUCCGCCGCGGGGCCGGGGCUGCGCCGAGCCCCGCAACGACCGCAGGACGAGGAAGCCGCUGGUGGAGAAGAAGCGCCGCGCGCGGAUCAACGAGAGCCUGCGGGAGCUGCGGCUGCUGCUGGCCGACAGCGAGUUUCAGGCGAAGCUGGAGAACGCGGAGGUGCUGGAGCGGACGGUGCGGCGGGUGCGGGCCGUGCUGGAGCGCCGCGCCCGCGGCGGCGGGCGGCGGCUCCUCGAGGCCAGCGAGCGCUUCGCUGCCGGGUACAUCCAGUGCAUGCACGAGGUGCACACCUUCGUCUCCAGCUGCCCCGGCAUCGACGCCACCACGGCCGCCGAGCUGCUCAACCACCUGCUGGAGUCCAUGCCCCUCAGCGAGGGCGGCUGCCCGGACUCGCUCACGGACGUUCUGGGGGAUGCCGCGCUGCUGGCCCUGCCUGCCGGGGCCCCCCUGGCCCUGCCCGCCCCGGCGCCCUCGCCGUCCCCCAGCGAGGACACCUGCUCCGACUCGGACGAGGCGGAGGCCGAGCCGGGCCAGACCCGCACGGACGGACUGGACGCGUCGCAGACGUGCGGGCUGCCCUCGCCCGGCCUGCCCACAUCCAUGUGGAGACCCUGGUAACGGAGGAGCGGGAGACAACGCAGACCUACCUAUGGAGGAGAGCCGGGGGCCCACGGCAGCGCGGGCACCGUCAGCACACGUGUGUGUAUGUGAGCUGUGAGGGGAGUGUGUGCACACUCUCCGGGACUGCAUCAGUGGCACUCUGACGCUGUCACACCCUGACAGGCUAAUAGCGAACGCGUUAACAUUUCAUCUCUGUGUGUGGCAUUUUGUAACUUCAGGGGUUUGUUUUUAUGAGAGGUGGGGGGAGGGGGAGGGAGUUGGGUUGUAGUAGCAAAGCUCUCUGGAUACACAGCAGUUAUUUUAUAACCCUCUCUCUUUCUUUCUUGGCCCUUAAAAGUGGCCCGAAUACCACUACCUUUUUCUUCUAAGGAAAAGCCCUUGUGCAUUUUAAAUCGUGAUGGUUAACUCCAUGAGAAGCUCAAGCUAAGUCUGCAUGCACGGUUUUAAGUGUUUUUAGUGGUAGCGCAGACCCCUGAAAGGGGUUGGUCUUGUUUGCAUCUGUACUCAGUAGCAGUCUAGAGUCUCACCUUCAGUGAAGGGAGAGAAAACUAGAAACCUGGUGGAAGUAGACAAACAUUUAAAAGAUACUGGUGGCAGGGUGCCUUUUAGAAACGAGCGUCUUUAUGCACAUUUUGCUUUUAGCACAUUUGAGUUUAUUGUGACUUUAUGUAUAUUAGGAUGUCAAAUGUUUUUUAUUUUUAAUCUUUAAUAAAAAAAAUAACUGAAUUCACAACGUGGAAUAUAUUGUGGAAUAUGAUGCACUUCUAACCCAUUUAAAAAAAUUAAAAAUACAUUUCCCUAUUGUUAACUAA